GAAGCGCUUUUGUGUGGGAUCCGAUUUGCAUUUUUUCGUGUCUAGUUCGGUGCCGAAAUUUGUUACGCGAAAUUAUCCCUAAAAAAGUGUUCAAAACUGACAAAAAAUAUAAAAAUUCGUUAAUCGGAGACCCGGUGAACAAUAGUGAAAUCAAUUCGUUCGGUUCCGUUCAAGAUUUACCGGUGAAAAUCGUCUUCGAAAAUGUCAACAAAAGCAAGCGAAGAAGAGUCUCAUCACGAUGAGAGUGACAUCACGGACGAGUUCAUCGACGAUGAAAAUGAUAAGCCGGAAUACUUUCCGGGAAAGCCGGUCACUUUGCAGAUGUUACUGGGAGCCAGUAUUCUACAGCCGGGAAAAGCUGCGAUGAGUAUUGAGUAUAUGGGUCAAAAAUUCGUAGGGGACCUGAUGCCGGACGGGAAAAUCAAGUCCCACGAAACGGAAACGAUUUUCUGUUCGCCCAGCGCCUGGGCAAUCUACUGCAAGAGAAUCAUCAAUCCGGACAAAAAAUCCGGCUGCGGUUGGGCGUCGGUCAAGUACAAGGGACGCAAGUUGGACGCUUAUAAGGCUGCCUACCAUAAAAAGGUACUGAAGGAAAAGGACCAGAAGGACGACGCCAUUCCGGUUGAAGUGGAAGUGGAGGAAGUAGAGGAAGACAAAACGGCCAUGGAACCACCCCCAAUCAGAAGAAAUAUUGUUCAACAUAACACAAUUAGUAAUCGGAAUGUUCUGCACGACGCCAACACUUUAAUUGAAUCGGUCCCGUUUGCAUCGGUGGGAAAAUUGCAACCGUUUUUGGUUUCGGUGAGCACUUCUACGUUGCUGCUGAUGGAUUUCCAUUGUCACUUGACGAACCAUGAAGUGAGCGGAUAUCUUGGAGGAACAUGGGAUCUUAACGCGCAUAACCUAGCCAUAACGCAUGCAUUCCCCUGUCGCAAUUCCCGGUACGAUCGGGACAAAGCUGCCAUGUGCGAACUACAGAUCCAGAAGCUGAUGGUGAAAAAGAAUCUCAAUCUCGUCGGGUGGUACCAUUCUCAUCCGCGUUUUCCCGUUCAACCAACGUUGAGGGAUUGCGACGCCCAACUUGAGUAUCAAAUCAAAAUGCGAGGACCAACGGAAGCUUCUUACACGCCGUGCGUUGGAUUUAUUUGCUCUCCCUAUAACGACGACAACAUAACGCUGGAAUCAAGUAUCAUGUCGUUCUGGGUCCUUCCACCCCCAGAAAAUCGACCGGCCGAGUAUGGGCGACCAAUGCUGAUUACUUAUACGCUUGUCCAUGACGAAACUCUUUCCGAGGACAUCAAGGAAGAAAUGAUGCUAACUGUUGAUUAUUACAAGCAAUUCAAACGGGAGCUCAUAAACUUUGCUGCAGUUUACAAAAACGAAAUCACUUUCAUAGAAAAGUUGAAGAGAACCUUGCAAGCCAAAUUUCCUCUGGAUUCAACUUCGGGCCAUUUCUGGAACUGGGUUCGUGAGCUGCUAGGUUUGGAUCCGGAGGAAAUCAUUGUUGUUCCGGAACCUCCACCACCACCGCCAGCUCCAAUCAACAUUCCCAAAAUACCGGAACCAAUUUCGACUGCCCCGAUUGUGGUUAACCUUACAAAUGAUGAUCCGCCGAUUUCAUCUCUGGAUCCAAAACACGACGAGGAUAUGGACGGCACCUCAGAAAUGGGAGACUCCGAUGUGAUUUCACUCAAAGACGAUGAUCCUAAGGCUACUACCUUGGCUGUCCCAAGUCUCCAAGCUCAACUGAAGCGUCCAUCCGGCUUGAAUAUGACCCCGUCUCCUCUUUCAAGCUCUCUGGUCGUAAUGCCGCCAACUAUACAGAACAAUCCACCAAUCAGUAACAUCAAUGCCAGCAAUCACGGCGGUUCAAUCACCACCAACACGUCAUCACCCAGAGACAGUCCUAUCACAAUUCCAUCUAACUCGGCAAGCCCGGCCAAAUUUGAAAUCCCUGUUCGAGCCAGUCCAUCACCGGCCAAAUCAGACACUUCAUCUUGCCGUAGUCGCACAAGAAACUCACCGGCUCCAAGUCCAGGAAAACUUUCGAUUGGUGACAUUCUUGGAAGCGGUAAUCGUAACAGCCCAACCCUGAGCUCGCUCAUCGGAAACAUGGGCAGUAAUGUGUCCAACAUUCACGACUUGUAUGCAGCUACCUUUGCUUCCCUUGGAAGCUCCAUCCCACCUAAUCUACUCUCGCAAGACUACGCAUCUCUAUUCCAGAGCAACAAGCGCGACGAGUACGGUUUAUCUGCUCUAAACGCCCUGGCUCAAGUGGCGGCCGCUUCCGGAAUCUCGAACUCUCAAAUCAACGAAACUCUCAUGCACAGCUUGAACCGAAGCAUCUCAUCUAAAUCGGGCAGCGGACAAACUUCAACUGUAACCACUGCCUCAUCAACUAUGACUUCAAGCACUGCUCCGUCUCCAGCAUCCAAUUCUUCAUCGAUGGCUGCGGCUGCAGCGGCCGCAGCUGCUGCUGCUAGCUCGUCUUCCAUACCGAACAUUAAGGAAUUCAUGCAGCAGCUUGAAAAGGGCAACUUGAGUCUACUCAUGCAAUCGCAGUACGCCAACCCUUUGGCGGGCAUGAGUGGCUUAACUGGUCAAGCUGCAGGUGGCACUGGACUUGGUGGCAACUCCAACAGCGGAUCCGGUUCCAAGUCGUCCUCAAGCCGUUCGUCCAACAAAUCCAGGGCAAAAUCCCAGCAGCAAUCGGUUCAGCAGCAGCUUCAGCAAGCACAACAACAGCUGCUCCAGCAGCAGCAACAACAGCAACAGCAGCAGCACCAAUCGCUGAUGGAUUACGCCGAUUUCACCAGCAAAUUUGACCAGAGCAAAUUGGCCGAUCUGAUGAAAUCCCCGGAAUACUCACAAAUGCUGCUGCAACAAGCCCAAGCCCUGGGAAGUUUGGGAAGCGAAAUUUCUAUCAUCAAAAAGCCAUCUUCGAAAAAUAAUUCCGGUGGAGGAGGUGGUGGAGCAAAUACAAAUUCUGGAUCUGGUAACAACAAUUCCAGUGUCAAUCUUAACACCAGCUCCAACAAGAAGGACGCUGCCACAGAUUUGAUCACUAAGCUGCGCACAAUAUUUUCGACCGAUUCGUAUCUCCCACCGAUUCCGACUGCAGCCGAUAUCAAUCUGUUGGCCGAGCAAUCGCAGAAAGUUCCGGAAAUACAGCAAAUUCUUAACUCUGGGAAUUUGGAUGACAUCCAAGUCCUGUUGAAAGCUCAAUCUCUAUCCAAUAAUACUCUGGACUUCGCUGCUUUCAUCCAGGGUACUUCCGGUUUAGGAUCGAAUUCGGGAGCUGGCGAAGGUUCCAGCAAAGCAGCUAAGAAUGCUGCUGCGAAAGAAGAACGGGAACGUGAAAAGGAACGCGAAAGGGAAAAGGAGCGGGAAAGAGAACGAGAACGCGAGAGGGAACGAGAACGCGAAAGAGAAAACGCCAACGCUGCUGCAGCAGCUGCGGCUGCCGCAGCGGCAGCUGCCAUGAAUCCUUACCUAUCAGCUGGCAAUCUGUCCGCUCUAUUCGAGCCAGUUCAACGCUCAUCCGGCAAGUCCGGUAACAAGUCUGAUAAGAAAGGUUCAUCUGAUCGUGCCACUACGAAUACUUCAACCAAUCCAGCGGAUAUGCUCAACAGCUUGUUUACUUCGGCCGUCGGAGGAGCUGGAGCCGCAGAUAUGAACGCACUUCUUUACGGCCAAGGCAAGGGAGCUGCCGAUCUCAGCAUGUUAUUCGGAGGCGUCAGCGCAGCACCAACUUCUUCAUCCAGCUCCAGCACAACUUCAACAUCGGCUGCUGCAGCUGCGGCCAAACAAAGUCUCGACUAUCUUUCCAUGUUCCCCAAUUUUUCAUCAGCAAAAUUGCCCGAAAUGUCAGCCCUAUUCCAAUCCGGUAAAUUUGAGAUCCCAGAUCCCCUUGCAAAGGCAACUCUUGAAGCAAACAACAUGUAUCUGGCUCCUUCAGCCUCUUUGCUUAAACUCCAACAGGAAGCUUUCAAUUCUAUGAUGAUGAAACCUCCAAAAUCGUCAUCUUCAUCCACAAGCUCAUCAAGCAAAAUCGAAACCCCACCGCCAAUAGCUGCUUCACCGGGUGCUCGUUCGACUCCAACAAAAUCAGCUAGCCGCGAUAGUCCCUCUCUACCGAAGUACAACUUUAGUGCAGUUGAUUUGGCUGUUUCAAGCGUUCCCCUAGCUGCUUCUUCUCCUCUGGGCGGGGGCGGAGGCGUCUCUGAUCUUUCAAGAAAAACUCCUCAAACGCCACCCGUCGAUAUGUCCGGUUCCCCAUCGCUGCCGAGCACAUCUCCCGGCUCACAAAUCCUACCGCCCUACAAAAAGCGCAUGGAAUUCUCCUCGAUUGCCGAUCUCGUUGCGGCUCCACCCAGCAAGAUGCCGAAACUUUCUUCGGAAAACCUAGAUCCCUAAGGUAAGAUCUUUCAUAACUUCUUUAUCUCAAACUUGCUGACAAAUCAGCAUUCAUAUGUAUCGCGCCCCCCCAUCAAUCCACUUUGAACGAAAAGUAUAUUUAAAUUUUUACUUCCAUAACGAUUAGAACCUUUUUAAAAAUGGUUCAUAUUUUAUUUUCCAUUAGCAGUAUGAUGAGACCUGCAUACUCAAUGUUGAAACGAAUGAGAGUAUUUUUAUUUCAUUCCUUUCAUUUUGAUGAAUUUUUAGCUUUUAGGAUUAUGCUUAACAAAAAACAAACAUAAAUAUUCGGCGUGAAAAAAACUAAGAUUAUAUAUUGCUCUCUUGCUUCGUACAAUAAUUCAAUAUUUUUUGUACGCUGAUCAAAAGUGUAUGAGCUAUAGAAUAGAAAGCAUACAAUAGAGUAUUCUGUGUGAUUUCUGUCA